GUCGCUGCGGGCAGUCGCGCGGUGUCUGUAGUUGCAUGCGUGCCUGUUUUUGCGUUGCCUCUCUUCUGGAUAUUGAGCGAACCUUCAUCGAGUGUUCACGUGUUUUUUCUUCGUGCUGUGAUUGUUUUGUUUUUUUUUCUGCUGUGCGAAGACGGGCAGCGACGGUCACCUGUAUUCGCCCGUGUUGGGGCGCAGCAAUGCGGAGUGGCGCAACCACCUGAAUUGAUCUCCUCAAAUGAUCUCACGCGAUGAUUGGACGAAUAAUCGUUUGAGGAGACCAAUGAGAGCCCGCCUUGCAUUGUCGGCCUCCCUGCGAAGAAGAGGAAGAGGGAAAGCAAGGCAGUUGGUGAAGGCGAAGACCUGGUGAACGUACCGCUGAAGAAUCCAUGAACGGUUGAAGAAACUGCACUGCGAUGGCAACGUCGCAAAGCUUGAUACCGCGUCGGUCUGUCGACCGCUCGUUGAGAGCCUUCAUGGAAGAGCUUGUUCGGUCGCCGUCGCCGGACAGCGCCUGCGAGCAGGACGUCGCUUGGAACAUUACAAUCGGAUCUAGAAAAUACACGAAAAGCAGCCCACUUCCUGUAGAAGAGGACAAGCGGAAAGCGGCCAGUGCGAUUCUGUCGACGGACGACACACAAAGUGAGAGCUCAGACGGCAGCAGCAAUCCACCGUCGGCCUUAGCUGCGCCUUCUGAAACGACGGCGACGAGGAACUAUUCUACUCACUUGAACCAUAACCAGGAUAGUGACGGAGAUUCUGGGAUCGAUUCUGUCGAAAGGUUCUCGCAGAGAAUUGGAUCGACGUCAUCUACGGACACUGACGCUUGUCAUGACUUUGAAAGAAAGUCGACAAGCGACUCUGUCACGUUCCCAGCUUACACUCAGCGGCCAGCCGUCGAGGACAGCCACUCCGAGCAAAGUAUGCGACACUCGUGCCGAAAAAUACUGGCUGCGCUGUACGCGACGCAGAAUUCUUCCGACGAAAAAGGUUCCUACCGAUAUCGGAGCUUGUCCAUGCCUAAUGCCGUGGAGCACACCCUAUCGGCUAAGCGACUGUCGGUGCCCACCGCGACUACGGGAACAUUGCACAUUCAAAAUUUUUUGCAGUGCGAUCAGCAACCGAUUUGCCUGAAAGACCAAAACGAUUUGGUUUGUGCUGCGGCUCGGAAACCUCAGAGACAGCCUAAUUCGCCAGCACCCGCGCCCAAGCUCUCAGUGCAGCCUCAAACAGCGUCCCCUUCCGCCUUCAACUUGGAGAGUACUUGUAGUGCACCCAGGACUCCUGUGAGUACAUGGUCGAAUGAACGGCACGCAUCGGGACAAGACACACUUCAAAACUUUCCCAGGAGCUCCGCGGCAACGGAAAAUGAAAGCAAACGAGUAAAAUCCGGAACCUGUCCCACGUCCAAAGAAGUGGACCUAAGGCACAAUGGGACAUCUCGCCGCUCCAACCUUCCGCUAGCUUCCCCAAAUAAAGUCUCUAGUCAGCAGAAUAUCUUAAUUAAGGACGACACCGUGUACCCGCCUAAAGGGGCACAUCUGUCGCUUCCGGGGAAUAACUUGUGCCGAAGUACUUUCAAGCAGGACGAUGUCCUGAGAGUCUAUGCGCGACCCGCCGCUGUGGUUCCUGAGCCGCGCAAACUGUCUUCCAGUGAAUUCGCCGAGAAACAAUGUCGGACAAACGUUCAGACUCAAAUCCCCACGCUCGCCAGUGGAAGCUGGAGUGCCAGACAACAGAUGCAGCGGCACUGUAACAACCGGGUACCUAGAGCGAAUCCUGUUCAGUCACAGGCGGCGGGCCAACAAAGCAACCUGUCUAAGACACCCGUUGCGACGAAUCCAAGUUCAUGUGCAGUGAAGAAACAGGAUGAAAAGCAUGCCGUGGAUGGACUUUUGAAGGCGACAAGGUGCCAAGAUGGGAACCAAACAACGGCAUCGAAGAAAAGCACCAGCAUGCCUGCAUUAGAUCAGCAGCGUGGAGCACCGACCAAAGGAACAGACAGCGUUUUGCACGGCGGAGUAGAGUAUGCUGUGGUUAGGAGAAAACAAGAGCAAUAUCUGGCCCUGUCAUCAAUUCCCCGCAUCACCAGCACGCCUUGUAUACUCGCCCAUGACAAGGAGCCGCCGCUACCGCCCAAGAACUUCAUGCACAAAAGCAAUUUCUCCCUCUAUCGGGGCUCCCAGUCGUCGUGCUCUCUGAGCACCGCGGCCUCUGCUCCGUCUUCGCCGUCGGGCCUCUUCGAGCGCGUGCAGGGUUUCGGGAGGAGCGCUAAGUCAGCGCUGGUGAAAGCCUUCAGCACGGAGCGCAUCUACAGGCCGCAGAAGACGGAGACUGCAGCGGCCCGAGUGCACGUCAAUGUGGAUCCGCAGCCGGCGAACAAGAAUGAUACGUCUUUGGUGAAGGGACUCAAAAAUCGCAUCAGUUUAAGAAGGAAGGCCAAGCGACGGACACACCAGGAAGCCAGCAUACAGAUAAACACAAAUGAAAAUGGAAACGAUCCCGCCUGGGCGGGAGGACAGCCGACUCAUUUGACCGGUCAGCUGCUACAACUCAACCUGGAUGGGUCUCAAGUGGUGGAAUUGCGUCGGCCGGUUGGACGAUCCUUUGGGUUUUUCCUUGCACGAGGCCGUGUUCACACUCACCAAGGUGUCUUCGUCUCACGGAUGCACGAUGCCCAAACACAACAGGUUCUGCAAGGGCUGCUUGACGUCGGGGACGAAAUUCUCGAAGUCAACGGCACGGACGUGCGGGACGCAGACAUCAUGCAAGUGAAUGCACUCAUGGCCAACCAGAACACACUGUUGCUAACCGUUCUACCUUACAUAUGCCGGAAAGACAUCUGAUUGGACACUGUAGGGCGUGUGUUUCUGCAGUGUCGCAUGUCCUGUGACCACCUCCAACCACACGCGCCUUUUGAAGUGAUAUCGUGCACGCGGCUCACACUUCGUCGCUAUAUUUUUGUACAGUGAAUGAAUUUAUUUUAGAACUCUCUUAACUUGGCAGCGUUUCAUAAGCCAUUUCGUCUUACAUGAAACAACGAACGAGAUAGAGAGGGAAUAGAGUGCGCAACCGCCUUGGCGAGGCUCCAUGCUUUGAUGCCAGUAUAGGCGACCCUCUCCUUUCUCUCUCGCACUCCUUCUGUCAAGGCAAAAACGAACGAAGAGUGAACCGAAGGACCAAUGAAACGCGAGUCGCAGCGCAAGUUGGGUUGAGGCGGCCGUGGGACAUGCACGCUCGAGCCAGUGCAACUUUUUCUGCACUAAAACAAUCAGCUGAAUUAGCUAUAAAGCCGGUUCCUUAUCAGACAGCGCCAAAGACUGGGUGCUGGCACACGACGUUCCAAAUUCCGCUAUCUUGCAGCCUCAAUGAUUUCUCUGGUGUUGUUAUUCAUACACCUCGCUAUCACACUGUUUGGUUAUGUGACUAUCAUAGUAUCUCUUCCGUGGGCUUGGGAAAAAUUGUUGGCCGCAUUACGGAACCAAUAAAUGUAGCGGAAGUUCGACGCGUACGCGCGCAAAGGCGCUCGCCGCAUGAGUCCCUAAUGUCCGCCAUUUGCAAACAAGGCAAGGUGUAGUCAUCGUGGCGCCAUCCAGGAUGGCUUCGAAUAUGGCUGCCGAUUUAUCUCUCUAUUACCCUCUCUAUCUCGUUGGAAACAACGCAUCGAUACUGAUUGCUUGUUUCAGAGUCUUGUUUUGUGCAAACCAAUUCCAUGUGUAAAAAUAGCCAUCGCUUAGAAUAUUGUAUUUUCUGCGUUGUACUUUAUAUUCUUAUUUCUUUAUCUGUACAUUUUACGCUGCUGACACUCAUACUCAUGUAAGUAAGGUUGAUCAUUGUGUUGCAACAUAUGAUAUAAGGCAAAGUCAUGCUAUGUUAAUAAACUCUGUGCUAUAAUGCAUUUAUGGAAGAUAAAUGGUUGUAUAAACAAACAAAAUAAAGGUUAAUCAUUUUUAACCUGGACCUAGCUUAUGAACUGCAUUGUUUGGGAAGACAACGCUUACCAUUUAGUUCUAGCGUGUAAAAAUCGCCGUGUAAACCUGCUUGCAUAAUAUGAAUCGCUAAAGCAGAACGUAAGCUGAUAUGAGCGUAUCGGGUCUAAGUUUUUUGUUGUUGCUGCUAUUGUAAAUAUAUAGAGUCAGGUUCGUACAAGUCUUCUUCCGGAGAUCAUUGGCUGGAUCUACGAAGGUCGUUUGGCAUCUAUAGGGGGUGCUGUUUAUGUCAGUACAGGGCCCAGGUAGUGCCUAAUCCCCUUUCAAGUGUGGCUUGUCGUCAUUACAGACGAGUCGCUUUAACUGGAACACCGGGGAAGAAAUCUUCAGCGCAUGCUUCUAACACCAAUUACUGUAUGAGCUGUAUAGAAUGUGUAAGUUGUAAAGACCUCGGUCAUACCAUGCGGAGAGGCCAGUGUUUAUAUUGUGUUAUUGUGUGUUGUAACGAUUAUUUUAUCAGUACGGUAUUAUUCGAGGUUUACUUCGCUCAAAAUGACCACUGUACAAAAUGCACAUAAGGAACCCACUAGAAGACUCACGUUUUAAAAUUCCUCAUGAACGCCCCUUUUGUACUCUGCUCUUUUGUGUGUGAAAAGGUGCCGCUGCCACUGGAGUCUGAAAUGCAUCGAUCAAUUUUAUAUUUUUGCAAAUGUAUAAGGACAUUAAAUUAAUUUCACGUUUUACAGUA